AUGUCUCUCGUGCAGCAUGUCUCUCAAUUGGUAGGCCAGGAUCGAGACGAGGCGUUAGUCGACCUCUUCCUUCCCCCGCUAGAGCGAGCAGAGUCCAUCGCGCGUUCCGAACGCCGUCUUUCCCUCGGCAGCGGCUUCGACAGCACAAAGUCGAUACGCCGCCUUGCGAGUUACGACUUCUUGAAGAAGCCCGAAGAUACAGUCGAAGAUUAUGGCGGUGUGACCCAGUACACUGUUCCCACGGCGAAGCGUAUUGCUCAGGUAAUCACAACAGUAGUCGCCUGUUGGUUCGCAAGUGGCAUAGUCUUCGGAUUCGCCGCACUCAAGCCCAUUCUGAUCCAGGAGGGCGUCUACCAAGACUUAUGCACACCGGAAGAGUUGGAGAAAGGUGUCCAAGUAUGCUUCGAGCAAGAUCUGCGACUCAACUUCUUCUUCUCGCUUGCCUCUACAACCGCCAAUCUCUCUGCACUACCCGUGGGCGCCUUGCUUGAUCGCUAUGGUCCGAAACUAUGUUUUCUUCUGGGAUGUGCUUGUCUCGCUGCCGGCAGCAUCCUCAUGAGCCUUGCUUUCCAGAUUGAUGAAUUUGACGGAUACACCAUCGGUAACUUCUUCCUUGCGCUUGGGGGUAACUUCAUCUUUCUGCCUUCUUUCCAGAUCGCAAAUGCCUUUCCCAAAUAUGCAGGCACUAUCGUCGCACUAGUGACGGGUGCUUUUGACGCUUCGGCAGCCAUUUUCUUGAUUGCACGAUUGAUCUACGAUGCUACCGACCGUGCCUUCAAACCGCAGCACUUCUUCCUUGCUUACCUCUUAGUGCCUGUUGCGAUCCUCCUUGCACAGCUGACUUUCCUACCCACUGAGAGCUACAAGACUCCAGGACAGCUGCAGCAGAAAUUGGAUCACGCUGAAGAUGCAAUGCGCGAUGUCCAUUCCUCAGACGACGAGCUGUCCGACGAUGAGAUUUGGAGACGCCGCAAGAUGCGAAGCACUCGGCGUAGGCGGCGACAGCAAAAGCUUGACAAGCUUGUCGGUUCUCCUGACCGGCGAAGGAGGCGCGAAGAAAAAGAAGAGCAUCGGCAAGAUGCCGCUGGUGUCUGGGGUGCUCUGCACAACAAGCCUGCCAAUGAGCAGAUGAUGACCCCGUGGUUCUACCUCCUCACGCUUCUCACGGUCCUACAGAUGAUCCGAAUGAACUACUUCAUUGCCACUGUCAGAGAACAAUAUCUCUACAUGCUGGGGUCUAUCGAGCUCGCAACCCGUAUCAACGAUUUCUUUGACUGGGCCCUUCCCAUUGGUGGCGUCAUCAGCACGCCGUUCCUUGGCAUGCUGCUUGACAACGUAAGCGUGCCUGGCGUGCUGCUUCUCAUCUUAGUCAUUAUCACAGUCAUCGGCAUCGUAGGCUCGGUAGCUGCACUAUGGGCAGGUUAUGUUAACGUCAUACUGUUCGUUGCUCUCCGCCCUCUAUACUAUUCCGCCAUGUCCGAUUACGCCACCAAGGUCUUUGGCUAUGCCACCUUUGGCCGCGUUUACGGGACUAUUAUUUUCUUUUCGGGCAUCAUCAACCUUUCACAGACAGGCAUCGCCGCUUUGACAAAGACAGCUUUCCAUGGAAAUCCUGUGCCAGUCAACGUCUUCUUGGCUGUUGCUGCGUUCGUUGUCGGAGUAGCGCUGGUCACCUAUGUCACUGUGCAGACUUAUCGCAUGCAGAAGGUGUUGCAAGAUGAAGACGCCAUCACUGUGACCAAUACUGAAGCCGACAGCAUAAUGGAAAGCUUACUCGAAGAGGAUGAGCCGCAGCAAGGUUACGGCAGCAUUUCCCAGCCACGCCAAUCUUGGGAGUACUAG